AACCACUUACAUGAAACCAAACCGAACUGGAGCUGGCCCAAUGGACCAACCAGCUUGGGUUUUAGCAUUUGGGAAAGUUUUUAGAGAAGUGGGAGCAUGUCUAAUUAGCAUCACGCCUGAAUGAAAAUUUCAGAACGUCCUAUGGAGGGAAAGGACUGCUUUCUCAAGAAGAAGAAAGAACGCUACAGAACGUAAAAAGGUACAUUAAGUAUGAUAUUACCAGUCGUAAAGCUAGGAACCCUUGCUCUCAAAACAUUUUGCAAGCCCAUUGCUAAUCGUCUCAAGAAGGAAGCAGGGUUGCACCCUAAGUUCCGUCACUUCAUCAUCAACAUGGCCCAGGCAAAUCAUAGAUUCACAACAAAAAUGCAAAGACGCAUUUAUGGCCAUUCAGUUGAUGCUGUAAUACGACCAUUGGAUGAGGAGAAGGCUGUCCAAGCUGCUGCAGAUCUUACUGGGGAACUCUUUGUGUUUUCGGUUGCUGGAGCUGCUGUUAUUUUCGAGGUGCAAAGAAGUUCCAGAUCUGAAGCUCGAAAGGAGGAGAAGCGAAGACAGGAAAUUGAGGCGAUGAUGCAAAGAGAUGAAGAAUUAGCAAAAGAAAUUCAGGUUCUCAAACAGAAGCUUGGCGAGGUGGAACAACUUGCUAAACGACGAGGUCCUGUUGGGUUUUCCCAUUUCAAGGACGGCCAUGCUACUGAAGAUGGAAAUGGAAAGCCAACUUGAUCACUCAAAAACUAAGUAGAGCAAGAAGUUUACUGGAAGAACUGACCUAACUUACUUUGCACCCUUGCCCCUCGCUAGGGAAAGUAUUUUUCUCCUUGCAAUACACUUCAUAUUUUCUACGUUGGCUGAACUUCAAUUCCUUGAUCUAUUGCGUUUGUAUAUUAUAUACCUAGCUUCUUUGCGAAUAGGUUAUACUCUGUUCCUCAAAUUUUCUGUUUGCAUUUACAGAACCCCGACAAUGGUCGAGAACUGAAUACUUUGUACAAAAGCUUCAAUUAACUCACGCGACCAGACAUCAAGUGCUUAUGAAGUUUCCAAUUCUCAAAUCGACAGAAUCAUAUACUAGUGGAUCUAGGUCCCAUUUAUGGGUGAAAAUCAAUUACAUAUGCUUUGUGUUUAUGCUGGACCAUCUGCAUAUUCAGUUUCUGUUGUAAUUUUUCAGAUAUAUACAUACCAAUAGGUCUGGUCUUCAAUGGAAAUUCUAUCCUGAUUAUGCUUUAACCAAGUAUUGAGCAAAUUUCUUUGAA